AUGAGUAGUAAUUUGAAGGCGUUGAACGCAUAUAGACAUGGUCUGAGGGCUACCAGGGUGGCUUUCAAUGGGGACAGUAGGAUGUUGCUAGCUGCGAGACAUAAGAUGCGCGAUGGGAUGAUUAAUCCACCAAACCCUGAGUUACCAGUGGAUAAACAAAUUGAGCAUUUGGAAGAAGUUGCCAGGUUUUUGAAGCAAAACUUGGUCCAGGGUAAAAAAAGCGGUUCGGAGCAGAGAUAUGCUUUAAACAUUCACAAGGACACAGAGUUGGGAGAUAACGAGACGAUAAAAAUCACCAAGCAGACGCUAGCAUCUCAAGGUGGUGGUUGUUGUGGAGGUGGAAAAAAUCUAUACAAGUAA